AUGAAAAACAGCAGCAGUACUCUCCUAAGUGAAAGAAACCAGGAGUCUCUAUUCGAACAAGAUCAGAGUGAGCCUCAGCAAGUCUACUAUUCCUCGAUGAAUUCCAAUGAAUACACUUAAGAUUUUCCUCAAGAGUCUUUUAAGACGCCUAACCUCAACACUUCUAGCAAAUUAGGAGAUUUGAAAGAUAUACUCAGGGAUUAGACGAAUCAAUAGUAAUAGUUACAACAAUAAUAGUAGCAAGCUCUGUGUUUUGUAAGAGUCGACUAAGAUUACUUCUUAACACUACUUCAAUAAUAGCAGAACCAAAAGAGUAAGCAAAAUUAGCAAAUAGAACAAAAUUUGAGCUACUAGCAAUUCUGUAACCUCAAAGAUUCAAAUAAAAAUAAUGGAUUUUAAGCAGCCCUAUUCCUUACUCCUCCUAAAAUCAACCCUGACUCCAUUUAAAACACACCUUCUCCUUUACCUACUGAUGCUCAAGGUAAAAUCAUAAUCGGACACCUGCAUGGUAGUAACUUAACUCACUAACAGGUCAAUCAUUAGUCAUUAAAAGGUCAAAAUAUGAAUCAACAGCAUUAUUCUCACUAAAACUUUGAUAGUCAUAAUUCCUACGAUAGAAUUCAAAUAUCAGGCCUGAAAUCUCCAGAAAGCAAUCAGUCUCAUAACAUUUAGCUGCAUAAUCAUAACUAGAGAAGCAGUGGAUAAAAUUCAGCCUCAAAUUUGCAAGAUGACGACUAUCUUGGUAAUGCUUUAUUAAUGGGAUAUGGCGGCAUCUUUUUGGGAUAAGACCUGCUAAGUAUUAUUGAGUCCACUUCAAAUAGUUCGUCCCCUGCUGGGCAUGGAUAUAGAGUAAAUUCAACUGAAAAGAUCUAAGAAAAGCCUACAGUGAACAAUAUCAUCAUUAACAACUACAAUGGAAAUGUACUUAAAAACAUUACUAAUAUCGAGCCUUAUACCAUGAAAAACUAAUAACAGGACAAACAGUAGUAUUUAUACUUCUAGUAAUCAGCUACUGAUACAUUCACUCCUAAAUGCGGCCAAUAAAAUAUGCAGCUACCUCCUAUUUGCAAUAGACAGAGUAGUCAUAUGAAUUAUCAAUAUGAUCAAGAGAUGACAAAGGAGAACAAUAUAAACUUUGUUCCAUACAAAAGAGAUAAUUCGCUUUCAGAUAUCAAUAGCUUAGUAGAUGGAAAUGAUAGCAGUUAAUAGCCAAAGUAUAGAAAGAAGGCUCAUGCUGGGCAGGGAAAGGCAGCUAGAAAUAGCAGUUAAUCAAGCAAUGCUAAUAGCACAAGUGCUGCUAACACAAAUUUCUCCUUCCCAGAUGGUGGAUGGGUGUGUUCACAAUGCCAAAACUAUAACUUUAGUGGAAGAGUGAAGUGUAACAGAUGCAAUAAAGUUAAAACUAAGCAAGACUACAAUGGCAAGCCAAAGCAUUUAUUAAAGAAAGCUACUACUGGACUUUAAGGAGAAGAAUAGUAGCUAUAACAAACCAAUUAGAAAGAAGAUCUUGAGAUAAUCAAACAGAAAAGCAAUGAGCAGCAACAAUAGUAAUAGCAGCUAUUUUUGUAAUAGCAAAUAGCAGAGCAGAAUACCUAAUCCUGUCUAUCAUAGUAAAUUUUAGAGUCAGCAGCUCAGUUUUAGAGCAUGACAUUGCAAAACUAGAACUAGCUGAACAAAGAGAAUAUUAACAGCUAAAAUUAGAGCUAGGUUGCAGGGGCAAACUUAGUAAAGAAACCUCUAACAGAGAGAAUCGGAGACUGGGUGUGCAUGAAUUGCAAGAACCUGAAUUUUUCCUUUAGAAAAAUCUGCAACAGAUGCCAACUAGGCAGGUCGCAAGUUGGCAAAAUGAUCACAAACGGGCAGCAGCAAUAACUAGCUCUAGGAGGUGAUUAAGUUUACCUUCCUAGUCUGACUAUUAAUGGGUAUUAAGCCUCGCAGGCUUUUUAUCCUCAAAAUGCAGCUGCUUACAUUCCCUUCAUGAUCAAUAAAGACUCCCUUUAGACCAGCAGUCAAUAGCAGUAGCAGAUGCUGUACUGA